CUGUAUGUGUAUGAUGACCACGUGUUUUUGUUAACGAGAUUUCUCUUGGUGUAUUGCAGGCGUCUUCACCAGACGAGAAAGCAUUUGUGGAGGCCGCGCACAGGUACAUCUCGCCUACUUUGGUACAUCUCAUAACCGUCUUUAUAUAUUUUGACAAUUGACCCUAAAAGUGCUUACGUCACGCAAUUUCCCAUCCAUCUCAACAUUUAGGCAUACAAUGUGGGAUACAUGUGGAUCAAAUAUUCAUUGUUUGACAGUGAUGUGACGUGAAGAUUUAUAUGGUCAAUUAAGCCUAUUAUUUGGAAUUAAAUGUUACGUCAUAACUAUAUCAGUAUUGACCAUUGAUCCUGUAUACUAAUGAACAGGGCUUCUCAUGUAUAAAUUGCCAUGUCCAUCCUUAGAAAAGGGUCGAUCCGCCUCUGAUCUGGGAUUAAUCCAAGCAUUUUAGUCCGCUGCCAUUUUUUUGGGAGAGGGUUUAAUUGAAUCUUAGAAAGGGCCCCCCCCCCCCCCCCUCGUGAAAUUCCCGACUUUGUUUCUGUGUGAAAUAACAUUUCUCGCGUUCAGACAGCACUUUUGUUCACAAAAAUUGAACCGUUUUAAGACAGGUUUUUAACGGCGUGUUGAAGAAUCAUUAAUACUUUCUUCCUUUUACAUUGAAUUAUUCCCAUUUGCCAGUCAGUUCUUCAAAGUAAUACGGAGAAGAACUCGGUUGAAGAUUGAGUUGUUACUACUGUUCACCGAUGGUGUCAUGUUGUCUGAAAGACGUUGCUAUUCUGCAAAGUGCCAUGUCUAAAAUACUGUAACGAUAACAUGUUUAUCUCAUCACGAAUAAAGUCUCAGUAAUUUGUAUCAAUGUUAUAGUAACGGUCUUAUCAACUAGCUGUUUCAUGCAAUAACGUUUGUGAUUGAUAUUUUAGAUAUGGUUUAACAUUUCAAGGCACGUCAGGCGAAAAUAUGCUGGUCAAAAUUGGAGAUCAAGUACACAGGUAAAUAUGUGCGGUCCACGUUCAAAAUUUGUUUUCUGGUUUAGUGUUUUCCUUUAUGUCGUGAAAAUUAUUAGAGAAAGGAUUCGUUUCAAUGUAUUUCGACAGCUUCGUAUGGAGCCAUACGUUGCAUUCUUUAUCAUGAUUGCCAGUUCUAGACAGCCGUAUUCCGGCCAUUACCAACAAUGGCAUUCAGAGUUCGACUGCGCAUGACGCGUUCUGCGUCUGCAUAAAUUACAGUUGAACCAUAGGCAGCCCAAAACUGCGUGUAGAAUGCACCAAAUGCCAAUUUAUAUUAAGCUCGCCCCAUUCCUCUGUCAUUUGUCGCGCGCCGCAAGCACUCGAUGGAAAGCAUUGUUCAUAUAUAUAUAUAUAUAUAUAUAUAUAUAUAUAUAUAUAUAUAUAUAUAUAUAUAUAUAUAUAUAUAUAUAUAUAUAUAUAUAUAUAUAUACAUUAUAUGAACAAUGCUUUUCAUUGAGUGCUUGCGACGCGCGACAAAUGACAGAGGAAUGGGGCGAGGUUAAUAUAAAUUGGCAUUUGGAAGCAUUUGGUGCAUUCUACACACAGUUUUGGGCUGCCUAUGGUUGAACUAUAACAUGGAGCUGAGACUGCAAGAGUUAGAACAUGCAUGCCAAGGUACUGAACCGUUCAAUCAAUUAUAUUUGUGUUUCACCUCUAGUUGAGUCUCACUCAAGACUUAUACAAUAGGAAACGUUUGGUGGUCAACUUUACAUAUAUAUUGCCGCUUUAUGCCUUGUGGAAGCAAGUAAAUUUCGUUAAAUUGCAUAUAUUUGAUACCAAACACAAGAUCAAUACUUUUAAUGAAUAUUGAACUCGAUCCGAUAAAUGGGAGUUGACCGCCAAGUGCUAAACGUAUCACGUGACUGAAACCCAGCUAUACAGCUAUAGCCACAGUAGAACUGUCAUUAAAUCAUUUUUGUACCAGCAUAUUUUGUCAAAAUAAAGAAAGGUACACUGAAGGAAAUGUAUUUUCUAAUUCAAAGCGUACGGAAACUAAUUGUUUUUUAGCAACUUUUUGCAUCUUCAAAUGAUGAUUGAACAGUUGAAUAAUUUGAUUUAUUAUAGAAACAUAAGUGUUAUAUAGAGUUUAUUAUAUAAACAUAAGUGUUAUAUAGAGUUUAUUAUAUAAACAUAAGUGUUAUAUAGAGUUUUUGGCCACUGAGAAAAAUCGUGUUAAUAUAAUUUUUGCAAGCCAAUCAAAAAGCGCGUAGGAAAUAUGUUUGACCAAUCAGAGAACUUGUUGUAAAAAGCAUUGCCAUGGAUGUUUUAUUGUUUUUCAAUUAUCGCUUUUCAAUUGUCGCUUUUCUGUAGAAAUUAUCGCUUUUCAAAGACAAAAAUACAUGUAUGCUUGGAAAUACCAGAUUUAUUUCUCGUGUUGAACAUGAUAUCUCACUCGUUCGCUGCGCUCACUCGUGAAUGUUCAACACUCGAAAUAAAUCUGGUAUUUCCGCGCACCAUGUAUUAUUCUCUAUAUCUUCUCCAGGUUAUAGUUUCAACUGCAAUUUAGAGCAGAACGCUUGGAUGUGCAGUCGAGAUACUGAAUUAACUAUAGAAAUUUGCCUUGAUUUCAUCUUUAUGAAUGUUAUACAACUUCGCUGUAAGGUUACAGCAUAUUACCCACGCUAAAUGAUGUUACAAUUGAAAUGUGUACCAUCAAUGAUAACUUUCUUUUAUCGUUUAGUUAUAAACUGCUUCAUGUUCUGGAGUUUGAUUCCACACGGAAACGAAUGAGUGUGAUUGUCAGUGAAACUGAUGGUAAGAGAUAUCGUAUCUUAACGAGAGGGGUGGGGGUAUACUUGCAUGGUGUUGUUCUAGGGUCAUAGAGAAGCACAGACAUUACUACGGCACUCAUAGAAAACGUGUGCGCCGUUGGCAUCAAUCAUCUGCACCAUAGCACAGGGCUGGCAAAACUUUCUAGGAAUGCAAGAGAACAUUAAACAUUUUCUGCAACUAAUCAUGUAAAUUGAUACUCGGACACUGUAACUGAUUCGAACAAGUUGUCAAACUGAAUGCCAUGCUAUAGUUUUUCGAGUGACAUAUUUUGUUACAACUUGUUGGUGAGUGUGUUUCUUGUUUCAGAACCAUCCUCAGAGAUACGAAAAACUAGUUUCAUAUUAAUCUGACACUGCAAUCGAGCAACGGAAAAUUCGUUGGCUCGAGCGGGAUUUGAACUCGCAUCUUCGGGUAUUUAGACCGCCGCUCUACCUAUUGAGUUAUCGAGUCAACAGGGAUUGGUAGCGAGUCUUAUCCAAUUUUAAGUGCACGAAAUAUUUUCGUUACGACUUAACGCUUGUCUUGGAGGACGCGCAGUGUUUCAAUUCUAUUUCAGAACCAUCCUCAGAGAUACGAAAAACUAGUUAGCUCAGUAGGUAGAGCGGUGGUCUAGAUACCCGAAGAUGCGAGUUCAAAUCCCGCUCGAGCCAACAAAUUUUUCGUUGCUCGAUUGCAGUGUCAGAUUAAUAUGAAACUAGCGUUUCUUGUGAUGUACCAAAUAAUAGAGGGGGAUUGUCAUUAGCACUAUAUUUUACUGAAUGUUUAUGUCAUGCACUAAUGAGCAAGUUGUUUCAAUUUCUAGGAACAAAAGUGAUGUAUUGUAAAGGUGCUGAAGUAGCAAUCUUAGAAAAGACGAUUAAUGGACCAACUGACACUACUCUCUCUCAUAUCAACAGUUAUGCCGAGGUUUGUGUGUAAUUAUAUUUUAAACCAAAGUCAGUUUAUUUGUCGUGAUUAUUAGAAUACGAGAUAAACGAGACAAAGUUCACACGAAGAAUGAAUCAUUUGUAGGAAUGCGUUAUUCGUACUUUUGCGGUUGUUGUAUUUGCAGGUAUUUCUUUCUCGAAAGUAGAAAAUUUCACAAUUGUCUCUCUGCAUGUAGUUCAGUUGGUUAGAGCUCAGCGCCAGAAUCACAGGGCCGCAGGUUUGAUUCCUGUCAGAGGGCCUUAGUUGUAUUUCUCACAACUGGUCCUGGUUAGGUCUAAUAAAUGAAUAAAAUUCACACUUGAAAUUUCCAUCUACAAAAUCCUUCAACAAUAGACCUUUCCCCUUUUAAGUGAAAUUUUGAUCUAGACAAAACUGAUUAUCAAUUUCUCAUUUGUAAUACAAAAUGACUGAAAAACGGCAAACUUCGCAAGGCUAUAUUAUCCACAUUUUACAACAUUUCGCAACGAAACUUCGGAAUAUUACUAAUUUUGUGAUGCUCUUUCAAGCUGUGAUGAAAUUUUUGUCUAGACUUGUCUAGAUCAAAAUUUCACUUAAAAGGGGAAAGGUCUAUUGUAGUUCUAUCGAGUGAGAUGCCCAAAAUCCUGAAUAUUUCAUGGCGGUUUCAUGGCUAACAAUUUCAUAAAAAUUUCAUGCCUGAAAAUUUCAGGAGCAGUGGGAAUAAUUUAAGUCGCUGAGCUAAAAUUAUGCAUGGCAAUGUUUAUUGUUCAAAUGUGAUGAGUAGUUGUGUCAGAAUAUGUUUGAAAUUAUAUGAUUGGCAUUGGUAAUUGUAUAAAAUGCUUGUAUCUUACAGAAAGGGCUGCGUACGUUAGCAAUAGCCAAGAAAGUUAUUCCGCAAGAUGAAUACGAGGAAAUGAGUAGAAAGGUUUGUCCUAAAUUAUCAUGAAACUUGAUACCAGAUGUUUACUAUGGGGUAACAUAUAUUAUUUCACUUUAUUCAUUACGAGAACUGUUCUAAAUUAUCAUGAAACUUGAUACCAGAUGUUUACUAUGGGGUAACAUAUAUUAUUUCACUUUAUUUUUUGCGAGAACUGUUCUAAAUUAUCAUGAAACUUGAUACCAGAUGUAUAAUAUGGGGUAACAUAUAUUAUUUCACUUUAUUCAUUACGAGAACUGUUCUAAAUUAUCAUGAAACUUGAUACCAGAUGUAUAAUAUGGGGUAACAUAUAUUAUUUCACUUUAUUCAUUACGAGAACUGUCCUAAAUUAUCAUGAAACUUGAUACCAGGUGUGUACCAUGGGUAACAUAUAUUAUUUCACUUUAUUCAUUACAAGAACUGUUCUAAAUUAUCAUGAAACUUGAUACCAGAUGUAUACUAUGGGGUAACAUAUAUUAUUUCACUUUAUUCAUUACGAGAACUGUUCUAAAUUAUCAUGAAACUUGAUACUAUGGGGUAACAUACAUUAUUUCACUUUAUUCAACGAGAACGAGUUGGAAAAAAGUGCGGCGAAACAUUUAAAGUUUGCUUUCUGCAGUUUUGUGCUUAUAGUGUCAGUUGAAUUUGCAUGAGACCUGUUGCUUUUAAUUUUGCCAAACACCGCAGUUCUAUUCCAGGCACUUCCUCCAGCAUGGUAACACUGGAUCUCUAGGGAUAAACGUUUUAUAGAACUGAUCAGAGGUGGAGAUAAUCUGGGGGCCUUGGUCCCAGAAAUUUGGGGGGAUCUACAUUUUUGCAGAACGUUUCACAAACAUUUUUUGAUGUUUGAUAGCUAAUUCUGAAAAUUACACUAAAUGUAUAUCUAAAUUACAUAAUCGAUACCUAAAAUACAGUGGAACAGUUAGAAUGAAAAUAUUUGUAAAAAGCGCUCUAACUCUUGCUUUUUAUACAUGUAGUUAUUUAUUCAAAAUAACGCAACGUAAACCUUGCUCAGUUGUUGUCCGAGCACUCGAAGAACGCGAGCACCUAACCUAGCAUGAACCGACAUUAACCAAUGAUCUUUAUACAGCUGUAUCUUCAUUUCAUUGCUUAAUAUACAGCAGUAAUUUUGUUUUUAAUCCUGUGGGACUGUAACUACUAAGACUACUUCAGGAUUUAUCUUCUACUGUAUACCUUGUCAGUCUUAAAGACCAUGUAAGGUAAAAAACACAGUCAAAAACGACAGUUUUGUUAUUGUUCCCUGUAUGUUAUAAACGUUUGCAGAAAAUGUUGAGCCCUAAACCAAGGUUCCCAGAAAGAAUAAAAAAUUAUACCUCUUGAACUGAUAUCUGGUAUAAAUAAUGAUAGAUGAGUUUAGCUUGACUAGCUAUAUGAUUAGCUGUCUGCAUGUGUGGUCCAAACUUUCCUUUUCUUAAGUUCAAGUUUGAUUUGUACUUUGAUAGUUAAAAGAAGCAAGUGAAGCUAUCAGUGAAAGAGAUGAACAGGUAUUAUUUUGUUUACUUGAUUAUAAAGUUGACGUAAGUCCUAGCGUGUAUUUCCAAUGUGUAUUUCGUGUGAGCUUAAUACUUUAGAAUGCUUAAGACAUUAAGAGGAAAUAUUGUUGUAUGGUAUGUAACACGCGCUUCAAAAUUUUUAUAUUUCGAUACGUUUCUCAAGCGGCAAACAAACUUGAAAAGUAUGUUUAGUCCUUUAUCUGUAAAAUAAUGAAGAGAUUUUAGAUGGUACGCCAAAGAGAAAAGAUGAUGUCUGAAGUUCAGUAAGUUUUGCUUAUAUUGCUGUAUAAAUAUGGCGUCAAUUUUACAGCAUUAAUGAUAAUUGUAUUUAAAUUGACAAUAUUUAACUAUUAUUUUGUGUUUCUCAACCGCCAGAUACAUUUAAAAAAGGUUACUAUAACUGUGUAAACUACAAAAUAAAGCUAAAACAAAGUAAUUUUGAGAGGAACGCCAAAAAAGAUUUUAGGUUUUGAACACUUUUCAUCGCAAAUACGCGACAAUUACAAACAAACAAAUAUGCCCGAUUUCCUCUUCUCAGAUUGCUUUGACACGAUUGUGUUUAUAGAUCACUUAUAGUCGUGCAUGUUUACACUCCAAGCUUUGAAUUGGCUUGGCCAUAUAUCUCUCCCGCGCAUGAGGCCAGUCCACUGACCAACAAUUUUACUUUCAGCUUGCGAAAGUUUACGAAGAAGUGGAAUCGAAACUGACGUUGAUAGGAGCAACUGGCAUCGAAGACAGGUUUGGUCAUGUUUUUAAUGUUUGAAAAUGAAAACAUGAAUUAGUGUGGCAAAAUAUCAGCGAAGUAAAGCGAGGACCAUGUCCAAUGUUUAGUUUAGUAUCAUUGUGCAGACUAGUGUUCAUAAGUAUAAAAAAGUAAUUCGCCAAAUUUUGGCUUGUCUGUCAUUUCCUUCUGAUUGGUGAAAGAAUCAGGGUAAUAUAUCGAUCGUCUAAUGUAUUUUCAAAUUUGGAAGAAGGAAUUUCGUUUCCUUUUCACGAGUUUAACUAUUUUGCGGGCUGCGGGCAGAAAAAUGCGGGCUGCGGGCUAACACGAUUGCGAGCCGCGGGUCUAGUUGCAGGCCCAAAAAAAUAUUGUCAAAAUGUAAAGAAAAUAACAAUAUUAUUCAAAAUUUUCUGUCUUUGAAGUAUAUUCUAUGUCUAAUGCUAUUCGUAAUCAUAUGCAUAUGAAUUUUUCCUUAAAUUCAUUCUUUUUGUAAUAUCAUGGAAUCUCAGUUUAUGAGUCGUACCAGACAUUAAAGUUUCUGCCGGGAUAACUGUACACCAAUCCUAAUCAAAUUUUCUCGAAACACUGGACCCACGCAAAGCCCUGAAAUCAUGUCGCAUGAAGUCCGUAUAAAAAGUGAGUUGGACAUUUUUGCAUAUGGUUCCAAAUUCUUUCAGUAUUGUGUGACGUCAUCAAAAAAGCUGCCAAAUAUAUUUUUGUGUGAAAUAAGUUUGAAAUAACAAGGAAACCAAAAUGCCAUUUUAAUCGUAACGUAAAAUCAUAUAAAUAAAUAAAAACUUGGUAACAAGCAGCGAGUCGGCAUUCUUACUGUAAGUAUAUACAUAGACAGAAACAAUCAACACAUACAGGAAAGUAUAUCUCGACUACAGUCACAAUCACGUUCCUAUCCAGGGAAAUAUUCCGAAGCUUUAACUGUUUUCUUUAUUUGGAAGGUAUUACAUGAAGUACACUACAGGAACCCAGAUUCAAAGUAGGCCAAAAACCAGUGAAAUAUGACUGUUCUGUUCAUUGCAUGAACGGCCACAAUUUGAUACGGUUAUUUCCUACUUUCUUGUGCACAAUAAUAGUAAGAAUAAGUUUGUGAACGGGGCCAAGGUCAAAUAGAAACAUAUUUGUGAACGAAAUAGGGAGAAAGAACUUUUAUGUGCAUCUACUGUAAUAAAAGGCAAACAUGGGCACGUGGUUAUUGGGCAAAGUGCAAUAAACAACACAGUUUGUUCCCGUUAGUUCAUAUAUACGCUAGUUCUUGCUGUUGUUACCAAAUGUUUAAUAUUUAGAACUGUUUCUAGUCACAAUAUUAAGUGCUGUUUCAUGCCUAAACUGCGAAUUUCUAUUUUCAUUGAAUUUUGUCGAUAAUUUCAUUAAAAAAUUAGUUAGGCCAGCAAUUUGGCCCGCGGCCCGCAAUUGUUUUAACCCGCAGCCCGCAUUUUUCUGCCCGCAGCCCGCAAAAUAGCUAGACCCCCUUUUCACAACGCUUUACGAGUCAUAUAUAUGAGCUGCUUUAGAAGCAAACUUGAUGCAAAAUGUGUAUCUUAACGAGCCUUCUAGUUCAUGUCACAGCAAUUGGACAGAAUUUCAGAACCAGAUCAAGAAAGCUUAUUAAUUAAGAUGCACAUACUGUAAAAGAAUAUUUAAAAACCAUCACAAUUAUGAAAGUGUUCUGCAAGUAAAAUAUUGCACGCUUCAAAUUAUACGAGUUUUGACGCAUACAUUAAUGGAUGUACAAUUAAAUGUAUAACAUUGUACAGCACAUCUUUUCUUUGACUCUUAUCGUACUAAGUGUAUUCAUACUGUCUUAGGCUUCAAGAUGAAGUAAAAGAGACUAUAGUUUCUCUACGAGACGCAGGAAUGAAGGUAAGCUUUCUUAAAUGACUACACUGCAUUUUGGCGUUGUGGUAACACUCCCAGAGUUGUGUAGAGUUGUGGUUUUUAGAAGUACAUCUCCUUAGUGUUAUUUUUGUUGCCAGUGGAUGGUAAUAAUAUUUUGUAUCUUUAGGUCUGGGUAUUGACUGGAGAUAAACACGAAACUGCUGUGAACAUCAGUCACUCAUGUGGACAUGUUCAAGUAAGGAAAUAUUUCUGUUUUACGAAAUCAUAUUGAAAAAUUUUCAAAGAAAGAGAGUUGUGUAUAAGAAAGGUCUUAGUUUGCUCAAGUUCCCAUUAAGCUGGCGAUGUACUUUUUUUCUAUCGGAGUAGAUUUUAUUUUUGUGGGUGUGGCCAAUCUGUGACCAAAUCCAGCUAGCUCUAUUUGACUUUUGGAAUUGGCCUGUGACUCUUGCAGAAUUCUUAAUUUCUUAAUUCAAUUAAGUUUUGUAAUUUUGAAUUUGGAGUCAACUCCUUGUACUCUGAAGGUAUAGCGUCGCUCCAGAGGGCAGAGUGGGUAUUUAAACAUUUUUGAAUUUAAUUUUUAGGCUGGCAUGGACGUGUUGGAAAUUGUGAGAAAGGAUUCAGUGCAUGAUGUGCAGCAGUCCUUGCACAGUUUCAAGGAAAGGUAUAACAAUGUCAUGUACCUUUAUACAAUGUCAUGUACCUUAAGUAUCAAUGAAACUACUAUAGUCAAAAACAACGGGACAAUUAUAGACAAGUUGCAUUUUUGCUGUCUUAUUGGACAUGAUAAGAUGGGGAGCUAUCCCUCGGUAGCGUGUCCUUUCCCCGAGCUUGUUUUCCCACUGCUUCAAAUACUUAAUGGCGCCUUGUAUGGAGAUAUUUAACACAGAAUAACCUGAACUGGUGUUUCGUUACUGAGACUAUAUCUUCACAGUGGACGCUGGUGUGGUUUGAAAACGGCGUGGAAAAGUCACAAUUAGUCACAAUUAGUCGUCGCGUUCACACUGCGCUGGAGCGAAAUUGUUUGAAAACGUCACUUUUGCCGUAACAAUUCGAGCACGAUUUCUAAACGGAGCGAGAUGAAAACCGGGUCGCUUGGCGGCUUUGUAUCAAACACCGUUACUUUUUUGUACCGCUUACAAACCAAGCAUCUCAGAUCUCAAAACAGUAAAUUCGAAUGCUUUUUCGUUUCCUUGCUCUGUUUGAAAUAUUUUGGAUUUACAUGAGUGCAUGCUAAUUUAUUUUGUAAAAAAAAACGUUAAUGGCGUCGUGUGAACACACGUAAAUUCUUCCGGCAUUAUUUGGCUCCAGUGUGAACAUAGUGUGAAACUUAUACUGUCCAUUGUUGCUAGAUUAUCAAUUGGUCACCAGGACAAAAAGUUUGCUUUGGUAAUAGAUGGUUCCAGUUUGCGUCAUGCUAUGGAUGGAGAUCGAGGUAAUUACGGAUAACAUGAAAGAUACCAUUGCAAAAAUUAGAGAAUUAUAAAACCAGAAGCUCCAUUCAGGCCUCGAACUUAGCGGCGGCCAUUGGCUGUCGAUGUCGUGCUCGUUGGCCGCUAUGCCGUCGUAAUAAACUGAAAUUCGCGGUCAGUAAUGGCCUGCGCUCAACUUCAGUACUUUACAAAAUUGACAAAAAAUUCUUGGGUUUCAUAUGACGUCACACGUUAAAAUAUUUUCAUAGUCUGACAUUUUAAAAAGCCUGUGCGAAGGCAUUUUAAUUUUCCGUGCAGGAUUGUCUGAUCAGUGCUAAUAAUAUGUGACUUGUUCAAUUCACACGCCCUUUUAUAUACCAAAGUGUCGUGAUCUGAUGACUCGUUUUGUGUUUUCCAGAGUUGUUUAUUUCUGUGUGUCAGGGUUGUGUCGCAGUUCUUUGCUGCAGAAUGUCGCCAUUACAGAAAGCACAGGUACGUUUCGCUUUUGUAACUUAGAUCUUAAUAUCGAACUGUAGGUUUGCAAAAGACACAUACAGUCAACUAACGUUUGUUUGAGAGCCUCUUUUAACACUUCAAACUGAGCGUGGUGGCAAUGUAAACCAAAAAGAGAAGAAUAACUCAGUUAAGAAGAGAGUGUUUUAGAAUUCCCAUGACCGGACCUCGUCUAGCGGAUGGAAUAAUAACAAAAGUUGUGUUUAAAAAUGAUGAAAACUUGGGUGUAUCCCCAUGCAGACCCCCUACCACUUUUGUAGUUCACCACAAUCUAGCAGCGUGAGCUCCACCUUUCAAUUUAUUAAAUGAAUAAAGUGGUACUUCGCGACGCAUAUUGAACCCCAACCCUAAUCUAACCCCUACUCUUACCCUACCCCCCCCCCCAAUCUGAUUUUGAUCUGGUCCUAAUCUAACCCUAAACUUGACGACCUUUUUCUUUUUUUUAAUCUAUCCAGCCCCGGCGCAACCUUAUACCUCCUUUCUAAGGCGAUUAACUUUAUACCCAAACGUCUUGUCUGAAGGCCGAGACAGACUGGACGCGAUUCGACAACGCGGCGCGAUUUUUCAGUUUUUUAAAGUCAAUAAAACAGCCAAUGAAAGGAAAUUUUGAAAGAUAUGUAGACCCAAUAACUCAAAAUGUUAUAGCGCUUCUAAAUAUUUGGAAAACUUAAACCAGGAUCAAACUUAUCGGUCAGUGAAAAUUGAAAAAUCCCGCCACGUUGUCGAAUUGUGGAUUUGAGUGGAGUCGCGAAUUUAUUGUAUGAAUAGAGUGUAUAAGUAACGUGUUUAACAUUCAUAUUAAUAAUAAAUUCAAAGGUCGAGCUCACUUUGCAUCCAGGUAGGGUCCCUUCUUCUCGAUGGCCUGGAUAACUCACAUGCCCAGUUUCUAUUGUUUCAGUUUAUGCAACAACACGAGGGUCGUAGUGUAUGCAUGACGCCCUAUAUUGAAAAUAUUGAACAUACUUGAAUUUAUGACACUCUUCCAGGUUGUAAAUUUAAUAAAGCAUUCAAGCGAGAAGCCAAUAACCCUGGCCAUUGGUGACGGCGCUAAUGACUGCAGUAUGAUCCAGGAAGCUCAUGUUGGGAUAGGUGUGAUGGGAAAAGAAGGAAGACAGGCUGUUAGAACGAGUGAUUACGCCAUUGCUAGAUUUAAAUAUCUUCGUCGGGUCUUGCUGGUUCAUGGUCAUUUGUAUUAUAUAAGAUUGGCAACUGUUGUACAGUAUUUCUUUUACAAGGUAAGUUAUUCAUGUGUUAUGAACUAAUAAAGACUAAAGAAAAGAACAUUUUAGAAAAGAAAUGAAUUAAACGGGAGUUUUAAAUGUCAUCUUCGCUGUGUAUACAACGGCAAAGCCCGUAUUUCUUCGUCUUGUGUACAACGCAUGCAGUUCAAGCCGCGAGAAGUCGAACUCAUCGAAUUAGCUCAGUACUGAAGUAGAUCAUAUUGAAAUCCUGUCUUUACCUCCUGAGAGUGAAUUAAUUUCAUACAAUACACGCUUCCGGAAAGUAGGUCACCUUGGCUAUAAAGCCUCGCUUUCGUGAUUGAGACGUUAGGAUUUAACGAAUGUCACAUGCACGACAUCGAGGCUCAGAAGCCAAAAUGACGAACUUUCUGGACGGGUGUAGUUAUAGUACACGACAAAGUUUCUUCACAAUCAUUUAUUUGCGUGAGUUUGUUUUGCCGUCGCCGUCCUAAAUCAUUACGUCUCUCUUUGCAUAUAUAAAACUCGUUCUAUUUUACGAAAAUAAAGAUAAAACUACUUGGCAACUCUUAAAUGGUAAUUAAUUUUAAACAAAGUUUUAUUAAACAAGGCAACUCCAUUUAGCUUUUCAUCUUUUUAGAAUGUCGUCUUCACUAUUCCACAAUAUCUUUAUGCAUUCUUCAACGCUUAUUCACAACAGGUGAGUUGACUGAACAAGAAGAAGUUUAUUAUUAUAACGAUUUGGAAGUAUGUUGAAAACGAGCCGCCAUUUAGUGAAAAAAACCAUAGUGACCCAAAAAUCAGUGGUAUUAAUUAAUUUCUGUUUUAUAACAUACAUGCCACAACUCAGUUUUACGCGCGGUCCAAAGCGGACCACGCACGUAAACAAUGCAGGCUGAGUAGUAGUAUGUAUUUUAUUCAACAGAAAUUACUUAAUACCACUGAUUUUUGUGGUACCUUAUGGUUGACUACCGCGGUCAAGCAAUAUUUCAGCUUGCCUGUGUGGACACAUUCAGAAUACCAUCAUCUUGCCCCACUAUCCAUAGACGUAGAGCAUCGGUUCAUUAUCGUAAUGGAGCUCACUGUGCCGACAAAGGAAAAAGUCGCAUCGCGCAAACAAAUUCACGUUUAUAACAACAUUUGCCAUUAUUUUUGUGCGUGGCAUAUGAUUCAGAAAUGAAAUAUAUUUCUUACUUUGUUUCAGACAUUAUAUCAAAGUGUGUUUUUAACAACGUUCAAUAUUUGCUGGACAUCGUUACCUAUUCUUUUGUACGGAAUAUUCGAACAACACUUGCGUCCUGACACUCUUAAGGCGCAACCAGUUCUUUACAGGUCAGUUUUUGUUUACAUAUCAGCAGGGGUAUCAGAAUUAUUCUGAGUAGGGGGCUGUGUUGAUAAUUAUAAGUAGGUGGUUGUGUUGAUGAUGUAGAAAGGGGCUGUGGGGAGCAGUCUAGGAAGUCUUAAAGUCAUCCAAAUUAACUAGACAUCAGUUUAUAUUGAUUAGAUAGCAACACAACUGAGGUCUGGAACCAAAUUACAAUUUACCACUACUUUCAUUCUUCGAUAUUUUCAAGUUUUAAGAUAGCACUCAAUUGAAGUAAUGUUGAAACAUUUUGCAAAUGAUCAUCUUUGAAAAUCUCACUCGUGCAUGUUUUUCCCAAAUUGCACUCGAAACCAUACCAUUACCUCACUUUACAUGUACAUACACAUUAAUAUUACGAAGCAUUAACGGACAUGUUUCCGGAGACAAUUUCGAUGUAAUUUGCAAUGCAACAACGUUACAUGAAUUACAUGUCCAUCAAGUUGCGAGUUGAAGAGAAAGUUGAACAAUUUUCUUCUUUUCGCAAUGAUUACGUUGCUACGUCUAAUGCCUAGCCUAUAUGUUGCUAGAAUGCCUAGCCUAUGUUGAAGAUUGACGAUGUUAUUUCAUUCUUGUGUAGAGAUGUUUCACGCAAUAAACGCCUGUCGUGGCAAGAUUUUAGUUUUUGGAUGUUAUCAGGUGGGUGAAGACUGGACGUUGGAUGUGGGAUCCGUAUUUUUAUUGUUUUUCAAGCAUUUUUAGAACGGUUAAAAAAAUCACUAUGCCGGGCCGGUUGUUCAAAAAUCCGUGACGUAAAACUUUGAAACGAUAUUUCUAACCACUUAUGUACAAAGUUGAAAAUAUUUUUCCAGAAAUCUUGUUUCGAUCAAUAAAACUUUUAUUUUCUGAAGUUUUGAAAUAAAGAGCAUGCAGAAUACGCGAAUAAAAACAGCGGGUUAAGUUUAACCCAGGGUUAACGCUAGUCGUACUUUGGGCCCCGGUGGAUAUACGUACAACAGCACAAGGUGCUAUUCAUGCACGGGGAUCCACGAUCAACUACAAGGUCGUUCUAACAAGCCGUCGCCAGGUUUGUGUCCCCACGUUUUUAAUAUGUUGUCAGCAACUUCAGGGUGCGAUAAUUCGCGUACUGGAGGUACGCCAAUAUUACGAGCUGGUACUUUUGUUUUCAACCAAGUAGCAUUGAAGUACGCGGUAUUCUCGCUAUCUGCGUACUUACAUUUUGCUGGUACCACAUGACCUUUCCAAGCCCAAGGUGAAUUCUGUACUGUAAUUUAGUCGGUAUAUGCGUAAGUGCAAUUGCGCUCCUUGUUCUAACAUGUAGUUUGAAAAUACCCUUCAGAAACGUACACUUUAUGUACUUUAUUUUAAAGACUUAUAUAAGUACACAUUGCAUAUUGAGUUUGCACAAGUACACGCGGCAAUAAUCAUUGGCGUAUAUACGAGUCAGCCUACUUGUUGGACAACUCAUUGCAAAAAUUCCAUUACAAAAUGUCAAAUUCUGUGGGUAUGCCCCCCCCCCCCCUCCAUGGGGCAAACCAUUGACUGGGGAAAAUCAUUGAUUGGUGCAAAACAACUUCAUGAGAUAGCGACAUUGAUCGAAAACUAUAUGACGAAUAAGAUAUUUCCACAAAGCGAAAUAAUCCUAUUCGAAAUAGCAUGGCAUAAAAUCCUUGUAUUAUUUUUUUAGCGGUGUGGCAUGGUUUGGUUAUAUAUUUUGGAUCAUUAUUAUUUUUUGAUGAAGGAAUACUUGGUGAUAAGGUAAUUUCUUGACUAAGUGAUCUAAUUUAUGGUGGGUUUUUUCCCCUAACUAUUGUAUUUUUGUUUACUUUUUUCAGGCAUUUGGAAACUGGUCGUUUGGUCAAUUUGCUUAUACUAUCGUUGUUAUUGUUUGUAAUCUUAAGGUUAGUCACGUGUUUCCUUGAGUUUAUUUUUUCCGCCCAUGUGUUCUUUAUUACAAAACGUUAUAGAAAGCUGAUGCAGCUAUACGUCGUGUACUUUUGUCGUUGAGGGUAAUUUUCCAUUCUAAGUAUAGUCCCCUUCCUACUUAAAGUAAAGAUUUCUAUUCCAACUUUCAUCUUUUGCUCUGCAAGAAUAUCUUCGACAGUUAUAUUUGCACCACAACCUACGUUGACACAGUGUUGAGAUUUCUGUGUAACGUUGACACAGUGUUGAGAUUUCUGUGUAACAUUGACACAGUGUUGAGAUUUCUGUGUAACAUUGACACAGUGUUGAGAUUUCUGUGUAACGUUGACACAGUGUUGAGAUUUCUGUGUAACGUUGACACAGUGUUGAGAUUUCUGUGUAACGUUGACACAGUGUUGAGAUUUCUGUGUAACGUUGACACAGUGUUGAGAUUUCUGUGUAACAUUGACACAGUGUUGAGAUUUCUGUGUAACAUUGACACAGUGUUGAGAUUUCUGUGUAACAUUGACACAGUGUUGAGAUUUCUGUGUAACGUUGACACAGUGUUGAGAUUUCUGUGUAACAUUGACACAGUGUUGAGAUUUCUGUGUAACAUUGACACAGUGUUGAGAUUUCUGUGUAACAUUGACACAGUGUUGAGAUUUCUGUGUAACGUUGACACAGUGUUGAGAUUUCUGUGUAUCGUUGACACAGUGUUGAGAUUUCUGUGUAACAUUACCUGGGGCUUCUGUGACGUAAUCGUCAGAGUUCGAUUCUCGCUACGGACACAUGUGCGGACUCAUGUGAAAAGAGUCAGUCAACGCUCUGACGAAAGUCGUGGGUUUUCUCCGGGUACUCCGUGUUUCCUCCCACAGGGAAAGUUGACAGGGUGGGUUACAUGGGUAAAAAUUGAUCAUUUUGUUCGGCGUUGUUCAAACAGUAGCGAACAAUGUUGUGCUGCAUCCCGUGAACAAUAUUGUUAACAAGUUGUUCAACCAUAAGUACUGUUGCAAGUUGUUAACAUGAUUGUCAACAAGUUGCAACAAUAUUGAUGGUUCAACAACUUGUUAACAAUAUUGUUCACGGGGUGCAGCACAACAUUGUUCGCUCCUGUUUUGAACAACUUGCAUCAACAUGAUGAUUUUUACGCGUGUAGGAUAAACACAGUUGAGAAAUUAAUAUCACAAUUGUUGUAAAGAUAAAUAAUACUUAAUGUAAUCGGUCACUGAAAAGCCCCAAUUGGGAGCGAACAGAAUGAAGUCUAAUUCUGUUUGUUUCGCAAUGCCUGGAAAUCCAUUAUGAUAUUAGUGACCUCUAGAAAUGGCGUCAAGUUAGAGAAUGAUGGUCCAGGUAAAAUGACAACACUGUUCACUAACUGCAAAUUUAAAUUUCUAAUCUUUUUGUGUUUUUAUUUCAGCUUGGCUUAUUUUCAUUCUACUGGACAAUCCUCAGUCACAUCGUGAUUUGGGGAUCGAUAAUUGCAUACAUUCUCUUCGCUAUUAUUGCAUCUUGCGAUUCGUGGUAA